AUGUCCUCCGGCGGCCCCGGGAGCCACCCUGGAGUGGGGGGCGGCCCCGCCGGGCCCCAGGGUCACGACGUGACCCCGCGGCGGCCUGGUUUCGAGAGCGUGGGCGGGCUGGAGGACCACAUCCGCUGCCUCAAGGAGAUGGUGCUGUUCCCGCUCAUGUACAAGGACCUGUACGCGCGCUUCCACAUGAAGCCGCCGCGGGGCGUGCUGUUCCACGGCCCCCCAGGGACAGGCAAGACGCUGGUGGCGGGGGCGUUGGCCAGCGAGUGCAGCCUGGGGGAGCGCAGGGUGACCUUCUUCAGCCGCAAGGGUGCCGACUGCUACAGCAAGUACAUCGGCGAGUCCGAGCAGCGGCUGCGCGCUCUGUUCGAGCAGGUACCCAAGGACGCCGCUGUUCUGACAAAAGCGACGCGUGCCAAUGCCGGGAUUCGAACCCAGGCCCGCAUCCUGCAGCCGUCCAUCAUCUUCUUCGACGAGGUAGACGGGCUGGCGCCGACGCGCUCCUCCCGCCACGACAUCGUGCACGCCAGCGUCGUGUCCACGCUGCUGGCGCUCAUGGACGGCCUGGACUCGGCGCAUGACAUCAUCGUCAUCGGCGCCACCAACCGCAUCGACGCCAUAGACCCCGCGCUGCGGCGGCCCGGCCGCUUCGACAAGGAGCUGUUCUUCCCGCUGCCUUCACACCAGGCGCGCGUCGACAUCCUGCAGGUGCACCUCCGGCACUGGCGGCGCCGGCCCCCCGACAGCCUGGUGCAGCAGUUGGCCGCCAACACGGUGGGGUACUGCGGCUCGGACCUGCAGGCCCUCUGCAGCGAGGCGGUGCUGUGCGGCCUGCGGCGAGCCUACCCGGACAUAUACUCCUGCAACAAUAAAGUCAAGAUCAACCUGUCCACGCUCAUGGCUUGA